GAAGAAAAUUAAAUUGGGAGGAGAGAAAAAAUUAAAGAAAGAAAAUGGAGAGAAAAGGCGCAGAGAACAAAAUGGGAAUAACGGAAACAUGGAUGAGGAAACACGACUUGUUAUUCAUUGCAGCCACCCGCAACCCUUUCAUCCAAGCCAUACGUGACGCCACUCUUCACCUCUCUUCCUUCAAAGAUUGGCUUGGACAAGAGUAUUGGCUGGCAAAAAGAGCGUUUGUCCCCUUCCUAUCCACCUUGUUGGAGAAAGCAAGACAUGAAUCCGGUGACACAAACGAGAUAGUACAAGUGAUUCAGACCGGAAUCGGUUUACAAAAUGACAACAUUUCAUGGCUAGAACGAGAAGCGGAGAAGCUGGAUGUUUCCCUGGAGAGUGUAGUGCCCUAUCAGCCCACCAUAGACUACUCCAACCUACUGGACAGUCUUACCACUCCGGAAUUCAACGACGACUACACGGGGGCGGCGCUGUCAAUUCUGUGGGCUACAGCAACUGUUUAUCACCGCACCUUUGCUCAUUGCUUAUCUCAGGAUUCUAAGACGCCGGAGGAGAUGAAAGAGCCCUGCCGCAAAUGGGGCGGCGAAGCCCAAGCCGAUUACUGCCUUUCUCUUCAGAGAACAGCCGAUUGGGCGCUGGAGAAGGCUCCCCGUGAUGUUAUUGUGAAGGCUGAGGUUGCUCUGCUGCAAUUUCUUGAGAUUUCUGUUCAGUUCUGGAAUGUGGUGAACAAAAGAUGCAUAAUGCAACCAAACGCAUUUUAGAAUUUAGAUGGAUCACGAUCAGGUGUAACGUAACGUGUAUCAUAUCCUUUAUAUAAUACUAUAAAAUAAAAAAUAAAGACGGUAUGUAUGUA